AUUAACACCUUACCUUAGUAGUUGCUGGUUCUAUAAUUCCUUUUCAACAACUGUGCAAAUACUAUUUACUUCAGAUAUUGGCUUCUGUCUACCGUCUGUAGUGUAAUUGACCCCAAUAUGGCCGACCGAUUCCCUUCCAUAGAAGACUUCGAUGAAGGCCAGACCGAAGUUCGCGACGUUCCCGCAGAUGGCGCAUCGAGCUUCCUUGAGCGCGAGAGGGCUGCACUAGGCGAUGACGCUGAUUUCUUUGUCUCAGAGGACGACAAGCUGGCCUCCGUCCAAGUUCCUGGUGAUGACCUGUUGGGUGGCGGUAGCAGCUUCCCACCUGUUGAUGGCGAGAAAGACGAGCUUUCUGGAUUUGAAAGCUCUUUCCCCGUUAUCGACACGACAAACGAGCACAUGGCCCCAGGUGGUACAAUAACAGGCCAUUCCUUCUUACCUGGCGCACCAAACUCGUACCCGGCCCCCUCAUUUUCAUCACAGCCAAUCGAGGAUUCAGAGCCCAUAAGGCAGUGGCGGGAGCGGAGAAAUGCUGAGAUUGCUCGUCGUGACGAGAUCUCACAAGCUAAGAAGGAAUCCACGAUCAAGGAGGCACAGCAAGCGCUGGAUGAUUUCUACAACAACUAUAAUGACAAGAAGGAAAAGAAUAUAGCACAAACGCGAAGAGAGGCUGAACAGUUCCUGGAGAGCAGGGAUGAUACCACAGCCGGCGGCACAAGUUGGGAACGUAUUGCGAAACUGGUUGACAUAAGCGGUAAAGGUGCUAAAGGUGGUGCAGGUGGAUCUGGCAAGGAGAGAUUCCGAGAAUUGUUGGUGAGCUUGAGGAAGGAUGAGAACGCGCCAGGAGCAACUGGUAUCUAAAUUUUUGGACCGAUGUUCCAAUUACGCCGUUAGGAGCAAUACUCAAUCACUUGUCCGAUUUCCAUGACAUUCGCAUAGGCGUUAGGAUUCUGAAUGGAGCUAGACCAAGGAAAUUUGCCGCAUGGUCUUGUAUAAAAUCGAGCAGGGUUUGAAGAGAUUCGUAUACAGACUUCGCCUAUCAUCUUGCUUGGGCAAAUUUUUCUUAUAUCUGUUCAUUUUCAUUUUAUUUUUCGUUGUCUCGCAAAUACGUACUUAAAACUACUUUGAAUGUAAUGCUGGCACAGUACCUCCGAG